AUGGGCAUCCUUCCUCUUUUCUCCAGUCUUCCAUCCCGACACUCGGAUUCACUUAGCGUCACAACUAUAACAGAUCGCCAGAUCUCUCAUCCCUGUGAUAGAUCUUUACAUCCCGGCCAUAAGUCUGAUCACAAGGGCCCUCGUCGAUGGCUUGUGAGUUUUAAAUCAAAACCCAAUCCAAUGAUUGCGGGAAAAAAGAAAGCAAACCGGAACCGAAUUAUUGUUGUGGCUAUUCUCGUUAUGGUAGUGGGUGGUAGCGUUGUACUAGUGUGGUUCUCGCUUGUCCUUGCACUGAUUGAUCGCCUCAAACCUCCAGUGCCAUCGAACGGACUACAAAGAAUUGUCCAAAAAUGGAAAGGACCGGUAGAUUCAGUCGCUGCACUAAGCCCCUGGCCAAAAGAUUUCAGUCAGGGGAUCAAACCUGUCCCCUGUCACUCACACAACGACUACUGGCGUUCAGUCCCUCUAUACGAGGCCAUUGCAGCCGGCUGCACAGGUGUGGAGGCAGAUGUCUGGCUUGAUGGCAACAAUCUUCUUGUCGGCCACCGCAAACACUCCUUAUCAUCUGAUCGUACAUUGAAGAGCCUUUACGUCGACCCAUUGGUAAACAUACUCUCUAACCUGAACGAGAAUUCCUCCACAAAUGCAUCAAUUGGCAUCUUCGAACUUGACCCUACGGCAACAGUCACUCUCCUCAUUGACAUCAAGACAGAUGGGAAUACAACAUGGCCAAUCCUGCUCCAUCAAUUAGCCCCCUUACAAUCCGGUGGCUGGUUAUCUUGGUGGAACGGUACUAGCAAGACGCUUACUUACGGGCCUAUCACUGUUGUCGGAACAGGAAAUACGCUGUUUCAGCAGGUAGUUGCCGAUCAAAUUCGAUACGUGUUCUUCGACGCCCCUUUGAAGGAGAUUUCACAGAACUAUACAUACACAACAGAAAACUCCUACUAUGCUAGUGUCUCACUGUUUAAAGCGGUUGGAAUUGUGUGGCCGUGGGGUCUCACUGAUAAUCAGGAGCAGACCAUACAGAAGAUGAUCAGCGCGGCUUCAAAGAGAGGCUUAGUCUCUCGGUUCUGGGGUAUCCCUUCUUGGCCUGUGAGCCUGCGUAUCAAUCUCUGGCGGAUUUUGGUUGACAGUGGGAUCGGCAUGUUGAACGUGGACGAUGUGGUUCAGGCGACAAGAUGGAACUGGAAUUGGUGUAUUGUUGCCGGGGUG